AGUUGAGUACGAAUGCCAAAGGCGGGGCUUACGUACGUACGAGCCAAUCAGUGCCACGUUAGUAAACUGCCUGGGCAUGUUCAGUCGAGUGUUCGGGUCGGGUGGACGUGUCAGCAGAGGUACUGUAUGCUAGCCAUGCUUUAAGCAAUUUGUAUAUUAAAUCGUUAGCAAAGUGUUUUUGUUAGUAAAUGUUUUUGUAAUAUAGCUAAGCAAGUACCUUAUUAUGUUGUUAUUUUACGACAUUUUGAUUGUUCAUUUGAUUUUGCUACGUUGACAACACGCGGUCUGGAAGACGGACAGAUGUAAAACAAUGUGGCUGGUAUUCACGUUUAGACACGUUCUUUGGCAUCAUGUCUACUCUUUAGUCACGAGUUUGUUGCGUUUUCUCAAUGUAGGUAGCUAGUUCUAGAUAUUGUGACAUAGCUAAACUUAUCUAGUGUUCUUUUUGUCUUUUCUUUCGUUUUCUCCAAUGAAAUAAAUACAAACGUUUGUUGCAGAUGUGAUACUACAUGGAAAGAGAAAUGUCUGAAACAUGGACUUCAAUUGGAAGUAAAACCCAUCGCAAUUCUUGGGGACUUCUCAACAACUCCAGAUAUUUAUCCCGGAAAGCCAUGCUCCUCAGUGCUGUGGAGAACGCCAGAGCACGGAAGAAGCAUCAAAAGAAGAAUAACAUCUCCAAUAAGAGAAAAAGGACAGAGGAAAACAAUGAAACGCAGGACACUAUCCAAAGAGUAAAAAAUAUAAAAUUACCUGAGAAUGACACGUGUCUAGAAGUUGAUAGCACUCUAAAACCCACAGACUCAUGGACUCAUGUUGCUAAAUUUGGACUGCCAUUGCCCCCUACAGUAGAGGGUUUGCCAAUAGCUGCUUCUGGGGACAACAGCAUAGCCAACCAGCAGACUUCAAAAGGCACAAAGCUGGUUGGGGCCACUCUGAGUGAACGAUGGGAGGUGGACAGUGGAUUUGUGUCUGAGGCCAGCCCUCCAACUAGUGGACGUAGUUCUCCCUGCCACACAAUGAGCCCAACCACCGUGGUGGCCAUGGACUGCGAGAUGGUUGGUACAGGGCCAGGGCGGGCGCACUAGUGAAUUGGCACGCUGCAGCCUGGUGGAUUACCAUGGCAACGUCCUGUACGAUAAGUACAUCCGUCCGUGCCAGGCUGUGACUGACUACAGGACCCGUUGGAGUGGCAUCCAGAGGCACCAUUUACAGAACGCUCUGCCCUUCCCCAAGGCUAGGACAGAGGUGAGAAGAGAAUGAGAUGGUCUGGUACUCUUUGGCCUUUAAUAGUAUUAUUUAUUUUGUGACUUCUGGACCAAGGAGUGGAGUAGUCUAUAUGCUAGAAAGCCCAACUGGACCUAGUCAUGGUCUCAAAGGAAAGGAGAUGUACAAUGGAAGCCAUUUAUAAUUGGUUUAAUACUUUGAUUAUUCCUAUUUGUUUUGUAUGUGUGUUCACGUUGGUAAUGGCCACCAAUACUAUGUUUGCUUUCCUUGUCCAGAUACUACGAAUACUGGAUGGGAAAGUGGUGAUCGGUCACGCUCUGUACAAUGACUUCCAGGCCUUGGACUUCACCCACCCAUGUCACAUGAUCAGGGACACAAGUGGUAUGCGUCUGCUCAGGCGACUGGCUGGCUUCCCCACAAAGCGCUGUGUCUCACUCAAGAUCCUGGCCAACAGCCUCCUAAACAGGAAAAUACAGGUGAGCGCUCCUUCCUGCCUUCUCUAACCAGAGAUGGCUAACUGUUUGGUGACCAUUUUAAAAGCAUCUGAGGUUAGGGAUCUGAAUAGAUCGAUGGAUAUAUCUUAACAGACUUGACCGUGUUGGGUUGGUCAUUGGCGUCAACAUGAUCUUUGUCUUGUCCCUAACAGGUUGGAAGGAGGGGCCACAGUUCAGUGGAGGACGCUCUCGCUUCCUUGGACCUGUAUAAACUCGUGGAGGGGGAGUGGGAACAGGAUAUGCAAGAGAGAAUGAGGGACCGAGACACAGGCACUCUCCCAGACCCCGCCACCUCAAACCACUACAUGCAGGACCAGUACUGGCCAGAGGACUUGACCAAUGACAGCCAUUGAGAGAAGCCUGUGUAGGAGGGUUGAUGGGGUAGAAGUAGGCCAGGGGUUUUAAGUAAAAUGGUCCCAAGUUGGCAAGGGUGAUACUAAAUUCAUCUGAUCAGCUAAUAUUGCACACAUACAUGCUGGGAGCCACAGUUUCCACAGGGGAUAAGGUCAUGGCAACACGUCAAGUCGCUCAAUGUCAAGAAUGGCAUCAGGAAAGGGAGUGAACUGUGAAAGGAAGGGGUAAAUGCAAUGACGAGGGAUUUAUUUUAAGGUAUUGCAGCCGUAUGUCUUUGUGUGUAUGUAGAGCAUGUCAAGUUUGACAUGGUUAACUUACUACUUGGAUAGUUAGAACAAUGGCUGGAAGUCUAUGGGUAUCUGCUA